CUAUCUGCUACUAUUCAUGCAUAGAUUUGUACCUGAAGCAAUACAUCUAUCGAAAACUGGCUGGUGCCCCAUGACCGUCGGCCAAUGACCGGCACCAUUAUCAACCGGACCGCUCCGUUCCACGUCCUUCCAUCGUUGCCUCUGUGUGGUGGUCUCGUGUUGUCAACCAUCUGUGCAAGUUUGCAAGUGCUUCUUCAGUCUGUCCACUGUCAGGUCACACACCUGGCCUCGUCCUCGGUACAUGACUCAUGUCGGCCGUCUCGUCAUCCUGGUCACCUCCCGUGCCAAGCUCGUCUGAUCAUCACUGGGAGGAGGACGAAGCAGAAGUCGAUGCGUCCAUCCCCUCCACUCCUAUAGAUGGGCCGGAGGACUUCAUACCGGCACCAUGGACAAGGACAAAACCAAAGUCUGAACCAGAUGCCCCUCUUCGGUCGCUUGACGAUGAGGACGACCAGGACGACCAGGAUGAACCGCUUCAUUCCAUCGAUGCCGAUGACGAUGAUGUCCCUUCUCCUUCGGAAGACCGCCAAUGUAGAAUCUGCUUCGCUGGCGUGGACGAUGAACCAACGUCUGGAAAACUCAUCUCCCCAUGUCUAUGUACAGGCAGCAUGCGAUAUGUCCAUGUCAAUUGCAUCAAUGCGUGGAGGGGCACUGGAAGCAAUGCCAAAGCCUUUCUUGAAUGCCCUCAAUGUCACCAUCAGUACCGUCUCAGACGGACCCUUGUCUCUGGCCUUGCGACAUCCCGUCCUGUCCUGUUCAUCCUCACUACGAUCUUGUUCACGAUCCUGACCAUUCUGAACGGGGCACUCCUCCAUUUCGGACUUCAUACCUUGCCCUCGAUUCGAGAGAAGAUCUUCACCGCCCGCACACCUGUCUCCAACGUUUUUGACUUUAAUAAAGAUGAGGACGAUUACUGGGUCAACGACAGCACGGUCAUCAUUGUCGGAGGAGGUGGAACCCUCAUCUAUGACAUUGUCCUCGGCUCGAUUCAAAUGUUUACCGCUCUCGCUAUCCAAUUCGCCCAUACACAAUCUGUCAUUUUCGACAUGAUCCCGGAUCCUGUCGAAGAGGCCUUCUUCUGGCUGGGUAUCCGUUUCCUCCUCGGUCUAGCCGUCAUGGGUAGCUUUUCCUUCCUCUCCAUGUUGAUUUCAUUCAGUCUCUUUGGUCCACUACAAAUUAUCAAUUCUUUCCGUGGGAUCGGCUUCUUUCGCAACUUUAGGCGUCGAACAGAGGGUCGGUCUAUCAAUCAAGUCGUCAUCAUCGCAUUCGUCCUCAUUGGGACGAUCCGAACUCUCUUUCAAGUGUACGGCUGGGUCAAGCGACAGACUCAUCGUAUGCUAGUCUAUGUGGAAACGCAAAUUCUAGAGGUCAACUCGGAAGACCGACGCAAAGCUCGAGAAGAGGCCAUCCGCGAACGCGAAGCGAGUUGGACACGACGCUGGUGGCGAGAGAGAAGGUAUAAUACCUGGCGAGGAUGGUGGGAGAUGUUGUUGCGCGUCUCAAUACUGUUGAAGAUCAGAGCAACCGACAAGUGGGAGGCCUUCAAGGCCCGACUGCGCCCAGAGUUAGGCGACUGAAGGCACAGCUACAGCGAGAGCGCGACGCGGGGGGUCAUGUACAAGCUGUCGAAGAUGUUGUAGUCCCGAAAAUGGUACAGAGUACAU